AUGCAUAUCUUAUUUGCCAUCCUUGCUGUCAUCAGCGGCCUUUCUUCCUUGGCCUCUGCCAUUGGCAACGCAGCUGUCAUCAACAACUGCGACCGCUCUGUCUACCUCUGGGUUAUAGACCCUGCUGUGGGUCAAGAAAUUAUCCUUGAGCCACACAGCAGCUACAUUGAAAUGAUACGUCCUUCUCCUGGUGGUAUAGAAUUCAAGAUCACCGAGAUCCCACACGGUCUCUUCAGCAACUCACCUCGACUGAUCUUUACCUACGAUAUGAACUACGGCGAGGUCUGGUACGGUCUCUGCGAUCUCUUUGGAGACCCCUUUGAGGGUGAUGAAGUCGCGGUCAUUCCUAUAAACCCUACUGGCCAUUCUUGCGACGUGCUUCGAUGGCCUAAUGGGUUGCCACCAGGUGGCCAAACCCCAGCCACUAUGUGCGGAGAGAACACUGAUCUCCAUUUGAAUCUUUGCGGUUCCCCACCGGGCCAACCCUGA